UCUAGUUAAGUGCUUCCACUCUCAGUUCCAAAUCCCCCUUCCAACAUCUAUACUGCUCAGCUCUAGCACGAGAAAUCACCGGAAAUUCGCAACAGAAAAUGGCGUCGGCGUUGCGAUCCGCCAUUCUCCGCCACAUUAGGGUCCCCGUAACCCAAUCCUUUGCCCUAAACGGAUCCCGCCUCGCGACCGUCCGAUCGAUGUCGUCCCACGGCGACGAUCACCUCGACAAGCAGGCAGUUAUUGACCGAGUUCUCGACGUCGUCAAGAGCUUCCCCAAAGUCGAUCCAUCCAAGGUGACUCCCGAUGUUCAUUUCCAAAAGGAUUUGGGUCUGGAUAGCUUAGACAAUGUGGAGAUUGUGAUGGCUAUCGAGGAAGAGUUUAAGUUGGAAAUUCCGGACAAGGAAGCUGAUAAGAUCGACUCAUGCCAUCUUGCAAUUGAAUACGUUCAUAACCAUCCUAUGGCUAGCUAAGAUAUGCAAUGUUCCAUAGUUUGGUGUUUUGAUAACUUAAAAGCAUGUAUCCAUCCGUCUUUGCACGGGAAAUAAUUUAGUUGUGCUUGAGAUAAGAUAUCCCUGAGCUGGGGUUGAAUGUUGGUGCCUAGUCUCUUCUUGUAUUGUUUUUCCUAAGCUCAUGUUACCCUCUGCUCUGCUGCAGUGACGAUUAAACAAAAUUAUUGGCACAAAAUUACAUCUGUUGCCAAUUUGGCACAUCCUUAAUUUA